AAGAAGACUGACAGAAACAAAGGAGGUACCAGCCCCUGAUGAUGUGGAGAAAUUAACAAGACAUCUUGUAAAUGAACUUGAGAACACGAAAAUGACCCCAGAGAAUUAUGCGAGAAUAGUCCAACUCUGCCAGACCAGACUUCUGUUGUUUAACAAGCGGCGCUCUGGAGAACUAGAGGUCUUGAACCUCCAAAGCUACCUACAGAGAAGCAGCAGUCUAAGCGACUUGGAUGAGUCCAUCUCAAAAGACCUUACGGAAGUUGAGAAACACCUUCUCAAAACCCAAGAUCUUGUGAUGAUCAGAGGAAAGAGAAUAUGCCUAUGA